AUGACAUCAGCUUCUACUAGACCCUAUUCUGCUUUCUCAAGACGCACCAAAAUCCUAAUCGUCGUCCUAGGAGCUAUAUCCGCUAUUUUCUCGCCCAUCUCUUCAAACAUUUACGUACCUGCCAUACCUGUCCUCGCCGAGAAAUUCGGAAGGUCAGAACAAGAUCUCAGUUUAGGUGUUACUGUUUAUUUGAUAUUUCAAGCUAUCACACCUAGUUUCUUUGGAAGUAUGAGCGAUUCAAUAGGUCGAAGACCGGUUUAUAUUGGGACAUUGAUUUUAUAUAUGGCUGCUAAUAUCGGAUUGGCUUUGGUACCGACUUCUUCUUAUGCUGGUUUAUUGGUUCUUCGUAUGCUUCAGGCAACAGGAGGUUCAGCAGUGAUCUCCAUAGGAGCAGGAUGUAUUUCCGAUAUUGCAGAACCUCGUGAACGAGGUCGAUAUUUUGGUUUCUUUCAAGCUGGCGCAGUGAUUGGGCCUGCCUUUGGACCCCUGUUAGGAGGAGUUUUGGCGCAGACAUUAGGAUGGAGAAGUAUUUUUUGGUUUUUGACAAUUGCCACAGGAGUUGUGUUGGUUCCUCUCAUUUUUUUCCUACCAGAAACUCUUCGUAGUUUAGUAGGCGAUGGUUCCAUCCCACCUCCAGCACUCAAUUGUUCUCCAGGAGUAUUACUACAACGUCGAAGGAUGCAAAAGGCAAACGAUGAUUUGGCCCCUGAAGAACAUAUCGAAAGGCCUCCAAGAAAGAAAGUGAGUCUACGUCUUACCCCAAGCUACUGUACACCUGACAUACAGUAUGAACCCCUCUCAGCAUUCAUCAUCCUCCUCACACCUGAAAUCCUAUUAGUCUUCAUAUUCGUAUCUCUCCUCUAUGUCGAAUUUUACAACAAUUUGACUGUUUAUUCUACGGCACUCAAAGAUUCCUACGGUCUAUCAGAAUUGAAAAUCGGUCUUUGUUAUUUACCUUCUGGUAUCGGUUCAGUUUGUUCUUCUCUGUUGAAUGGAAGACAGAUAGAUUAUUAUUAUCGUCGUGAGGAACGUCGUGUAGGAGGAGAUUAUAGGAAAAAAGGAGAAGAAUUUAAGAUUGAAUAUACUAGAUUAAGGUGUAUUAUACCUUUCAUGGCAUUAUUUAUCGUAGCUGCCACUGCUUUGGGCUGGUGUCUAGAAGCCAAAGCUCCUCUCGCCGCUACGUUAGUGGUCAACUUUUUCGUAGGAUUAGGUACAGGUACUAUAAACACUGCAACUGUAUAUGGUCAAGAUCUUAAACCUGGUCAAGGUGGUGCAGUCUCUGCUUCUCUCAACUUGGUCCGAUGUUUAUUCGGAGCAGUAGGAACAGCCGUCAUUCAAAUCAUUUAUCGUAAAAUCAACGCAGGAUGGACAUUCGUACUUUUCUCAGGACUUUGUAUAGCUGGUAUUCCAAUCCCAUUCAUAGCUGCUCAUUAUGGUCCUUCAUGGCGACAAUGUCGAGCUGAACGUUCUUUGAGGAAAUCGGUAGGGAAGAAAGAGAAAGAGAAAGAUGGUGGAGUAAUUGCUUAG